UGUGCACACAGCCUACUAGCUGUAAUCCCGAGCCCUCUCUCCCCCCCGCCCUCCCGGGAGGAUGGGAUGCAAGAGGCAGGAGGGCAGCCCCAAACCUUCCUAGAGCUGGGCAAACAAAGGGAGCAGCAGCAGCCGGGCUGGGGUGGAUGCAAGCAACCAUGAAAGGCUGGGUCUCCGCCUCCUCUGCUGCUGCUGCCGCCGGAGAGCUGCUGGCUGCUGCCGAUGAGCAGAGGACUACACUGUGAAGGGAGGAGGCGGAGAGGCGUGAUUGGCUUUGCCUUGCUAAGGUAGAAGGUGUAAGGGAAAAGGCAGAAAUAAAAAUGUCUUCUUCGGUGGGGCCCCGCGGCCCUCGCCCACCCACGGUGCCUCCCCCGAUGCAGGAGCUGCCCGACCUGAGCCACCUGACCGAGGAGGAGAGGAACAUCAUUAUGGCAGUGAUGGACCGGCAGAAAGAAGAGGAAGAGAAGGAAGAGGCCAUGCUCAAGAGGUUGCAUCAACAAUUUGAAAGUUAUAAAGAGCAAGUAAGAAAAAUAGGUGAAGAAUCCCGCCGCUACCAGGGAGAGCACAAGGAUGAUGCACCAACGUGUGGAAUCUGUCUUAAAACAAAGUUUGCUGAUGGCUGUGGCCAUUUAUGCUCUUACUGCCGGACCAAGUUUUGUGCCCGAUGUGGAGGUCGUGUUUCUCUACGAUCAAACAAUGUUAUGUGGGUAUGCAAUUUAUGUCGAAAGCAACAAGAAAUCUUAACAAAGUCUGGAGCAUGGUUUUUUGGAAGUGGUCCACAGCCGCCAAGCAGUCAGGAUGGAGCACUGAGUGAUACAGCUACUGGUGGAAGCUCUGUUGCACCUAGAGAAAAGAAAGCAAGGCUUCAGGAGCGUUCCAGAUCUCAAACUCCCUUAAGUACAGCAGCUGCCUCAUCACAGGAAAUCUCUUCUUCCAGUGUGCAGUCUGACAGGAGGAAAGGAGCAGAAUUAUCACAGCAAGCUAUGGGCCUGGAACAAAAGCAAGCUUCAUCAAGGUCUAGAAGUGAACCCCCGAGAGAGAGGAAGAAGACAGCAUUGAUUUCAGAACAAAAUGGAAAAGUAGGUCUAAAAAGCGAGCGUAAACGUGUGCCAAAGUCUUCACUUCAACAAGGACAGGCAGAUGACAGGGAACGUAAAGAAAGGCAUGAAAGUAGAAGGCUGGAGAAAGGAAGGUCACAGGACUACCCAGACUUGCCAGAAAAACCCGAGGAAGGCAAGGUAGCUGAUGAGGAAAAACAAAGGAAAGAAGAUGAGUAUCACACUCGGUAUAGGAGUGACCCAAAUCUGGCAAGGUAUCCUGUGAAGCCACAUCCUGAGGAACAACAGAUGCGUAUGCAAGUAAAAUUUUCUAAAGCACGGCAUGAAAGAAGACACAGUGAUGUAGCUUUGGCACAUACGGAAGUGGAGGAAGCAGAGGUACCUGAGAAUAAAUUAGGAAAACGCUCACAGUUACAGGGAACUCAGGACAGAAAAUCUCUUUUGGAAACUCAGAGAUCAUACUCUAUAGAAAGACCAGGUGAUGUAAGAAUUUCUGUUUCUAAACAAUUAGCUAAUCAUAGUCCACCAACUCCCAGACAUAGUCCAGUUCCUACAGAACACCUAGAAUCCAAGAACCAUGAUUCCUUUAAAAAACAAAGUCGCCUUGAUCCUAGCUCUGCUAUUCUCAUGCGAAAAGCAAAGCGGGAGAAAAUGGAGACCAUGCUAAGGAAUGAUUCCCUUAGUUCUGAUCAAUCAGAAUCAGUGCGGCCAUCCCCUCCAAAACCUCAUAGAUCAAAAAGAGGUGGAAAGAAAAGGCAGAUGUCGGUCAGUAGCUCAGAAGAAGAAGGGGCAUCAACACCAGAAUAUACUAGCUGUGAAGAUGUGGAAAUAGAAAGUGAAAGUGUUAGUGAAAAAGGUGACUUGGAUUAUUACUGGCUGGAUCCUGCCACGUGGCACAGUAGAGAGACAUCCCCUAUUAGUUCGCAUCCUGUAACGUGGCAACCAUCUAAAGAGGGAGAUCGCUUAAUUGGACGUGUUAUUCUUAACAAGAGAACUACCAUGCCAAAAGAGUCAGGUGCAUUACUGGGGCUAAAAGUUGUUGGAGGAAAAAUGACAGAUUUAGGACGACUUGGUGCCUUCAUUACCAAAGUAAAGAAGGGUAGUCUAGCUGAUGUGGUGGGACAUCUAAGAGCAGGGGAUGAAGUUCUAGAAUGGAAUGGUAAACCCCUGCCUGGAGCUACAAAUGAAGAAGUUUACAACAUUAUUUUAGAAUCAAAAUCAGAACCUCAAGUUGAAAUUAUUGUUUCAAGGCCUAUUGGUGACAUUCCAAGGAUUCCUGAGAGUUCCCAUCCUCCACUAGAGUCUAGUUCAAGUUCUUUUGAAUCUCAGAAGAUGGAAAGGCCUUCUAUUUCUGUUAUUUCUCCAACUAGUCCUGGAGCUCUAAAAGAUGCACCACAAGUCCUACCAGGGCAGCUUUCUGUGAAACUGUGGUAUGACAAAGUGGGGCAUCAGUUAAUAGUAAAUGUUCUACAAGCAACAGAUCUGCCACCUAGAGGAGAUGGGCGUCCCAGGAAUCCUUAUGUAAAAAUGUAUUUUCUUCCAGAUAGAAGUGAUAAAAGUAAAAGGAGGACCAAAACAGUAAAGAAAAGCCUAGAACCAAAAUGGAACCAAACUUUUCUCUAUUCACAUGUACAUCGUAGAGAUUUUAGAGAACGAAUGUUAGAAAUAACCGUAUGGGACCAGCCAAGAGUACAAGAAGAAGAGAGUGAAUUUCUUGGAGAGAUCCUUAUAGAGCUGGAGACAGCACUUUUAGAUGAUGAACCACAUUGGUAUAAGCUGCAGACACAUGAUGAAUCCUCACUACCUCUGCCUCAGCCAUCACCUUUCAUGCCACGGAGACAUGUCCAUGGUGGAGAAAGCACUAGCAAAAAAUUACAAAGAUCUCAGCGAAUCAGUGAUAGUGACAUCUCAGAUUAUGAUGUUGAUGAUGGUAUUGGAGUAGUUCCUCCAGUAGGUUAUAGAUCUAAUACUAGAGAAAGUAGAUCUACAACGUUAACUGUGCCAGAACAGCAAAGAACAACACAUCAUCGUUCACGAUCUGUAUCUCCUCACCGUGGUGAUGAUCAGGGCAGGACCCGUUCACGUUUACCAAAUGUGCCAUUACAGAGGAGUUUAGAUGAAAUUCAUCAAAUGAGAAGAUCACGUUCUCCAACUAGACACCAUGAUGCCUCCCGAAGUCCAGUUGAUCGCAGGUCCAGAGAAAUGGAUAGCCAGUAUUUGUCAGAUCACGAAAGUGAGCUUCUUAUGCUGCCCAGAGCAAAACGAGGAAGAAGUGCAGAGUGCCUACAUACCACCAGUGAACUACAGCCCUCCCUUGACAGGGCUAGGAGUGCUAGUACCAACUGCUUGAGACCAGAUACUAGUUUGCAUUCACCAGAACGAGAAAGGGGUAGAUGGUCCCCCUCCCUAGAGAGGAGACGACCUACUAGUCCCAGGAUUCAUAUCCAGCAUGCAUCUCCGGAGGAUGACAGAACAAGGACGCUGGAGUCUUGCAUUCCAAAACAAGACAGUAUAAACCACCUAAGUGCUAAACCUGGAGCAACACAGAGGCAAUCCAGAAAAGUGGAAAGAUAUAACAGCCAAAAACAGACUAGGAAAGACUCCGCAUCUGAAACAGCAAGGGUUCUGCUACCAUGUCUUUCUAGAAGGGGACUUCCAACCCCAAGAACAACUGAGCAGCCAGUCAUUAGGGGAAAACAUCACACUCGCUCAAGGUCGAGUGAGCAUUCUAGUAUCAGACCAUUAUGCUCUGUACAUCAUCUAGUUCCAGGAGGGUCGGCGCCACCUUCUCCACUUCUGACAAGAAUACACCAACAAGGAAGUCCAACUCAGUCACCUCCUGCAGACACAUCAUUCAGCAGUCGUAGGGGAAGACAGCUUCCACAAGUUCCAGUAAGAAGCAGCAGUGUAGAGCAAGAACAAGAGAAUUAUAACUCUUCCUCAAAAGCAAGCUUAGUAGUGGAGGAACAAACGCGACAGAUGAAAAUGAAAGUGCAUCGUUAUAAUCAGACAACAGGGUCUGGUUCUAGCCAAGAAUAUGAGCGUGAGCAAUAUACCAAGUAUAACAUACAAACAGAUCAGUACAGAAGUUGUGAUAACGUCUCUGCCAAAUCAUCAGAUAGUGAUGUGAGUGAUGUGUCAGCCAUUUCCCGUACCAGCAGUGCCUCACGCCUCAGCAGCACAAGCUUUAUGUCAGAGCAAUCUGAGCGCCCUAGGGGCAGAAUCAGGUCAAAGUCCUUAGAGAUCUGCAAAAAUGAUGACAAAAGAGAAAGAAGGAUAUCAUGGGAAUUAGAUGACCAAACGGGGCAGAGUGAAAAGAAAUUGGAUAUGGAAGACAAGAAAAAGAGAAGGCAUUCUGUUGCUGAUUUGAGUACGUUUACCCCUAAAAUGCAAGGCAGACGGAUGGGGACUUCAGGGAGAACCAUCACAAAAAGCACAAGUGUGAGUGGAGAGAUGUACAAACUGGAACAUAAUGAUGGGAGUCAAUCAGACACUGCUGUCGGGACAGUUGGAACAGGUGGGAAGAAAAGACGAUCCAGCCUCAGUGCCAAAGUGGUUGCCAUAGUAUCUCGAAGGAGCAGAAGCACAUCCCAACUUAGCCAAACAGAGGCUGGCAACAAGAAGCUAAAAAGCACGAUACAGAGAAGCACAGAAACAGGGAUGGCAGCAGAAAUGAGGAAUCGUAUGGUUCGGCAGCCAAGUCGGGAGUCCACUGACGGCAGCAUAAACAGUUACAGCUCUGAAGGGAACCUAAUAUUCCCUGGAGUGCGGCUGGGUGCUGACAGUCAAUUUAGUGAUUUCCUUGAUGGCCUUGGACCUGCACAGUUAGUAGGUCGACAGACACUAGCAACCCCUGCUAUGGGUGAUAUUCAGAUUGGAAUGGUGGAUAAAAAAGGCCAGUUAGAAGUAGAAGUCAUUAGAGCCCGAGGCCUCACGCAAAAACCUGGCUCCAAAUCUACACCAGCUCCCUAUGUCAAAGUAUACCUGUUGGAAAAUGGAGCCUGUGUAGCCAAGAAAAAGACAAGAAUUGCACGGAAAACACUUGAUCCUCUGUACCAACAGACACUGGUUUUUGAUGAAAGUCCACACGGUAAAGUCCUUCAGGUGAUAGUUUGGGGAGACUAUGGCCGAAUGGAUCACAAAUGCUUCAUGGGUGUUGCACAGAUCCUUCUGGAGGAACUUGAUCUGUCCAGUGUAGUAAUAGGAUGGUAUAAAUUAUUUCCACCCUCAUCACUAGUGGAUCCAACCUUGACUCCCCUGACCCGCAGGGCUUCCCAGUCAUCUCUGGAAAGUUCAACUGGGCCUCCGUGCAUUAGAUCAUAGUGAACUUAUAGCAGAUGCUGUCUAAUAAAAAUGUUACCACCCAAGAUAACAAUCAGAACCAGAUUCUUAUAUGAUCAAAAGCAUUGUUGGAGAGAGACAAUCACUUCUGUUUUGCCUGUAGUAGUUAUCCAAAAAUAUGUCUGAAUUAUUUGUUAAAAGAUGGCUUAAAUUAACAGAACAAAAUAGUAUAUCAAAUACAGUAAGUCAAUCUACUAGUGACAGUCACUGAUGCUUAUUACAAUUUUUAAAAAGAGCGGGACCUUUAGAUUAGAAUAAAAUGAAAAAACAAUACAAAACUGGAAGCUCUCACUCUGUUAAGUGUUGUAUUUUUUCACAUUUUGACAGAGCCCACAAGCAGUGUUAACUUCCUGGUGUUUCAGCAGUUUUUCUGUACUUGUUACUUCCACUAGUUUUUUUGCUGUGUGAUUCUGCCAGUUUUGUAAAAGUCCUCACAAUGCUAACAGAGACCCUUCCUUUCGUUUUCUAAACCAAACAAAAAAGGGCUGAAGUAUAUCUCUGUAAGUAUCCCUUCAAGUGUUCAGCAGCCAGAAUUACCAUACAUGAUGCCACUAAGGUUUUCAUUGUUUCUUAGUUCUGGUUCUUCCAAGUCUUUCAGAUGAAAACCCAGAACAAAUGACCAAUCAAGAUUAUUUCAUUAACAACAACAACACCAACAACAAAAUCACAGUGCUAGUUUUUCUUUGUAAAAAGCAAAUAUGUUUGCAUAUUAUAUAUAAUGUUUUUUAUGUUUUAUGAUGUUUUGCAUGGAAGAGUUUUGAAGAAAUCUAUCUGCAGCUCAUGCUGGGGACUGAUAAAAGCAGCUUUAGUCUUAAUUUUGACACUGAAAAUAUUACUGGUAAUGCAGUUUUCUUCUUAGACUCAGAGAGGAGAUAUUUACGUUCACGUGUACAAAUGUAUAUUUGACUUCCCAAAAUGUUGACCAGGAUUGGGGUUGAGCAUAUGACACUUUCAGCUGUACCCAGGCUUCUCUGAUAUGUGUCACUUUAGACACACAUGUCUGCCCUGGAUAGAGCAUGGUAUGAGUUGUUCAGUAUUUCACUGGAAAUUCCAGUUGAAAUAUUCUGCACUUACUAAUGUUUUUAUCAAAUUUUAGUUUACAUUUCUUUGAGAUUGAUGCAAGCACAAAGCUUGAUUUUUUAACGCAAGAUAUCUUACUUUUUUGGUAAAAAAAAAAUCAAAUUUCAAUCUGCAUUUUAUUCAUUUGAGUUCUUCUUGGCCUUGAAAUCCCAUGUGAUUUACUGUAAAUGUGCUAAAAACUGCAGACUCUGCUGGUUCAAUGAUAUGUUUUCCCUCCUUUUACAGGCCAUUCAAUUUUGUGAGCACACACACAAAUAGGGCAGCAUGACUUGGAACUGUUCAAAGCUGCAUGCACGUUUUGUAAAAAGAAGCAAAAAGAUUAUUUAAUAAUGUAUGUUAGUUCCACAUAGGCCAGCUUGUAUGUUGCAUGUACUUGUACAGUUUGCUCGUAAUUACUAUACUGAAGUAACCAAGAAAUCUAAGCCAUCCAUUUUUCUUAUAGACAUUUUGCAGGUUUUAGCCAGGCAAGGUCUGUUAGUCUGGUGCUAAAUGUCUAUAGAUGGACUUUAUUUUUUACCCUAUGGAAAACGUGAUGUAGUAUGGACCAAAUUCCUUCUAAUAAAUAUUUUGGUGUAGAUUCCUACUGUGGGGCUGUAACACAUGUAGAAACUCUGUGCACACUAGGUUUUAAUUCAUAGACAUACUGCCUGCACCAAGUGAACUAUUUAUUAUUAUUUAACAUGCCGGAACUAUUCUGCCCAGGGUUCCAUAGGGCACAGAUUGAUUACUGCUCGACCUGCUGAGCAGGAAGAACUGAAGCAUUGGUGCACUACUACUAGAUUCUGUUCUGUCUUAGUGGCCAAAAAUCAACUAAUUAUAAUUCGGUAGUAUCUUUCUAUUUUGACCACUUGUCUUAACACUCCCCUGUGCUUUUAAAUGAACUCCUAACUCAUGUUAUGUAAACAUGUUUAAUAAAAUUUCCUUUUCAUGUCCA